AUUUAUUAAUUUCCACUCUCUCUCGGCUGCUUUCUUUGAAUGGAAAUUGUUUCCUUGACUGACUGAUGAUUCACAAGGCCACGGCAGUUGACUUAGAACAGACAACAACAUCAUUUUAGUCUGCUUUCUGCAUUACCCGCGGACCUCUUAACCGUGUUUUUUUUUAUUGAAGCGGUCUCUGAAAGCUUUCAUUUUUCCCCAUCCUUUGGAUGCUAAAUUGGGUGAAGUGCACAAAACACAGACAUAACAAAGUCGGAUGCUUUUUUAUAUUCGUUUGUCCGUUUUCUUUCUUUCUUUGGAUAGUGGAGGGAGAGAGGGAAGAGAGAGACAGAGAGAGACAGAGAAAGACCCAUUUAGUGGUUGAAGCUUGAAGGAGAUAGAAUAGUUGAGAAGACCAGACGAGGAGAAAAGAACCAGUUAUCAAAUUCUUCGUCAUCAUCUGUUUGUCCACAUAGCAUCCAACACGAAGAGAAGAGAGAGACAAAGAUGGGGAUUUGCUGGGGUUCUCCAGCUGAGAACCCAACGCCAGUAACUACUGGUGAUCUCACUACAGGGGUCAGUAACAUAUCUCAGACAACCAGUAACACCACAUCUUCAGGGGGGAGUACUUUAUCUCGGAAUAGCCAGUUCUCGGCAGCAAGUGGCGAUGAGGCCAGUACACAUGGGCAGAUCUUACCCACCCCAAACUUGAGGAUCUUCAGUUAUUUAGAAUUGAAGGCUGCAACCAGAAACUUCAGAUCAGAUACAGUUCUUGGGGAGGGAGGCUUUGGGAUGGUCUUCAAAGGUUGGCUUGAUGAAAAGGCACCAACCAAGUCUGGAAAAACCACAGUGAUUGCUGUGAAAAAAUUGAGUUCUGAGAGCUUGCAAGGGUUUGAGGAAUGGCAGUCAGAGGUGAAUUUCUUAGGGCGACUAUCUCAUCCUAAUCUUGUAAAGCUGUUGGGAUACUGUUUGGAGGACACGGAGCUGCUGCUCGUGUAUGAGUUCAUGCAAAAGGGUAGCUUGGAAAACCAUCUAUUUGGAAGGGGCUCAGCUGUUCAGCCACUUCCGUGGGAUAUACGGCUUAAAAUUGCAAUAGGAGCAGCUCGAGGCUUGGCUUUUUUGCAUACAUCAGAGAAGCAAGUAAUCUAUAGAGAUUUCAAAGCUUCAAACAUACUACUUGAUGGGUCGUAUAUUGCCAAGAUUUCCGACUUUGGCUUGGCAAAAAUGGGCCCCUCAGCUAGUCAAUCGCAUGUGACAACACGAGUUAUGGGUACAUAUGGUUAUGCUGCUCCUGAGUAUGUUGCCACAGGGCAUUUGUAUGUGAAGAGCGAUGUGUAUGGUUUUGGUGUUGUUCUGGUCGAGAUAUUGACAGGCUUGCGUGCACUUGAUACAAAUCGUCCGAGUGGGAAGCAUAAUUUAGUGGACUGGAUAAAGCCAUUCCUAUCAGAUAAAAGAAAAUUGAAAGGAAUUAUGGACCCCCGGUUGGAGGGAAAAUAUCCUGCCAAAGCUGCAUUCCGAAUUUCUCAGCUUGCUCUAAAGUGCAUUGAAUCUGAACAGAAAAACCGGCCAUCGAUGAAGGAUGUUGUGGAGACAUUGGAGCGGAUUGAAUCUGCCAAUGAACAUUCAAGGGAGCCUAGGCCCCGUUCAACUCAUCCUAUGGCUCAUCGACAAGGCCAGAAGCCGCUGCAUCAUCGCUCGCCGCUUCACCCCAGGCUGGAUGGGAAUCAAACCUACCAACAGUCGCCUCGAGUGCGGUAACUCUGAUCCAACUGCUGUCAAGCAAGCGCAUAUCUUUCCUUAGGCAAGAUCAUGUCAAAAAGUUCCCAUUUCUUCAUUAAUGGGAGGUUAGAAUGAGUUUGUUGUUGUAUUGAACUGGGUAUGUUUUGUUAGGAGUGGAAGUGUAAUUAUUGUGUAGCUUUGGUGAUUUGAGAGUCUGGAAACUUGUUUAGUAGGGCCAUUAGUUAUGAUUUUUCAGGUGGCAAAAUUUAUAGUUGCAUGCCACAACAACCAACCCCUCCAUUUUGUUAUCAGAUUCUUAAAAAGAGUCGAGGGCAAAAAAGGAGAAAAGCCUGGAUAUUAUAGUUACUGCAUUCAUUGAUUGUCCGGUUACCUUUUACUUUUGUAGGUUUGUAAUGAAAUGAAAUGAACUAAUUUACAAUUA